AUGACAUCGGAUACGGAUUUAAACACCACGAUCGAAUGGGUCGUCCUUAUUCCCGACGCUCAAGAUUCGCUGGAGACGCGGAUGAGAGUGAGAGAGACACACAUCAAGGAAAUGGACCAGCAUGUCAAGUCGGGCUUUUUCCAGAUGGGCGGAGGCACAUUAGCCGGAAACGCCGUUAAUGGAAGCGCUAUUAUUGCCCGAGCGAAAUCCGAGGAAGAAAUUAUAGCUGUUCUCAAAGCAGAUAUCUAUGCGCGCAGUGGAGUUUGGGACCUGGAUAAGAUCAAAUUCAUUCCAUUUAAAUGCGUUUAUAGGCGUGAGCUUAUCGAUCGCAAUGUUAUGGGUUAUGGAUGGGGGUUUUAA